GGGUGUGCCCCGAUACUGUCAAGGUUUGAUGACACACAUCAUAAUACCACAGAGCCGGUUGCCACAGACAGAGAACGGAUAGUCAUGGGAAAGACAGGUGGAAGAGGCGACUUUGAAUGGGUCUACAAUGACCAGCCGCACACUUCAAGAAGAAAAGAAAUUCUGGCCAAAUAUCCAGAGAUCAAAUCCCUGAUGGGUCCGGACCCCCAGCUGAAGUGGGUGGUAUCAGGCAUGGUCCUGACCCAGCUCCUGGCCUGCUACCUGGUCCAAGACCUCUCCUGGAAGUGGAUCAUCUUCUGGGCUUACGCCUUCGGAGGAUGCGUUAACCACUCCCUGACUCUGGCUAUCCAUGACAUCUCUCACAACGUGGCCUUUGGGAACAAGCUAGCAAAGUGGAACCGCUGGUUUGCCAUAUGGGCCAACCUGCCCAUCGGGUUGCCUUACUCUGCCUCCUUUAAGAAGUAUCACAUCGACCACCAUCGGUAUCUUGGUGGCGACCAGCUGGAUGUUGACAUCCCUACAGACAUUGAGGGAUGGUUCUUCUGCACCCCAGCCAGGAAGGUCCUCUGGCUCUUCCUCCAGCCCUUCUUCUAUGCCUUUCGCCCUUUGGUGGUCAAUCCUAAACCAGUGGGUCAGCUGGAGAUCCUUAAUGCAGCUGUUCAGUUCACAGCCGACUUAAUUAUCUACUAUCUAUGGGGGCUGAAGCCCAUUGUUUACCUCAUUGCAGGUUCUAUCCUGUGUUUGGGACUGCAUCCUAUCUCUGGACAUUUCAUAGCUGAGCAUUACAUGUUCCUGAAGGGAUACGAGACAUAUUCUUACUAUGGACCACUGAACUGGAUCACCUUCAAUGUUGGAUAUCACAUGGAGCACCAUGACUUCCCCAGCAUACCUGGCAGUAAACUUCCUCAGGUCAAGCAAAUUGCAGCAGAGUAUUAUGACUCCUUACCUCAACACACUUCCUGGAUCCGGGUGUUAUGGGACUUUGUUUUCGACGACAGCAUCGGUCCAUAUGCUAGAAUCAAACGGGACUACAAGCUAAGCAAACAGGAAUAGAUCUGUGAUGUUUCCCCUUGACCAGGAAUGUGAAUUUCUGCCGUUAAUAAUCUAUGGACUAUAAAAUGUCAUUCUCUAGUUUAAAUCAAUAUUAUCCUCCAUGAAGGGUGUGGAUGUCACUGUGUGUAAACAUUCUAACAUGUUGGGACAUCUUAAAUCAGUCCUGUGUUUGAGUCACUAUAGAGCAAAUGAAUAUGCACAUUUCAGUUGAAUACAUACACAGUGCAUGGAAAUUGGAAGAUAAUUCAGAGACAGCCAGAUGGUUUACUUACCCCACUAGUUAUUCUUGUUUUUUUCCUGCUAUAAACAGAUGGCCCAUCUUUGUGACACAGUAAUGACAUGUCCUUAUAUCCAGAAGGCACUGAGAAUGGCAAAAGGAUGAUGAGAAGCUAAUAUAUCAACAGAAAAAAAAUCCUUAUAGGAUAAAGGUCACACACAUUCUCAUGAGGUUUGAUAGAGAUUGCAAUUUCCUUUUUUAUUCUGCCUACAAGCAUUAUGUCUUCUGAAUUUCUGAAUGUGAAAGAAAAGGCACAGAAAGCCUGUCAGAUUACCUAAAUUAAUUUUGAAUCCUCUGUGCAGAACAGUGCUGAGGUGGAAAAUAAGCAUUGAAACUUACCUUUCAGUAAGAAGAGCCUUUUUCAUCAGUGAAACCAAUUCUGCUUGUUCACAGCUCCAUCAUGCUGUAAACUGUUUGAUUACAUCUACAGGGAGUGGACAAAAUAAAACACCUUAUAAUGCAAAAAAAGUAGUUAUUUAGAAAAUUCCAGUUUUAAAUCUCAUGUUUUUUUUGUUUUUUUUAAACUGUCAGGGAAUUAACUUAGUGGUUAUUUCAUGUUGCUCAGCAAAUCUCAGUUGGUGAGUCUUCUUGUGGCUACUGGUCCUCCACAAACUACAGUAAAUCAACACUUCAGAUGUUUUUUUAUUUGAACUUUACAAGCUUUACCAAAUUAGUUUACUACAGAGGUAUUGUAUUGUAUGGUGUUUAUUUUGUCCAACCACUUGUAUGUACAACUUAAUGUGUGUUGUGAUUGAUAAACGUGAUUGUUGUUUCUAUUUAAAUGACUGUACUAAAUAUUAAAAGACACUGUAAAAGAUCUGUUUAAGAAACUACUAUGGAGAAUAUGACUUAGUGGUUGAUUCUUUUUCAUUUCCUAUGUUUUGUGGUAACCAGAUGCAACCUUUUCUUAUUAAAA